AUGGUGGAAGCAUUUGUGAAGGACUAUCUUGUUCGGGAAAUAAAAGAAUACAUGAUUUUGGAUUCUUUCUAUUUUCAAGAUCAUGUUCAGUUUGGGGUUCAUAACUUGACACUGAUGCAUCGGGUGGUGCAGAUGCAAGUGGUUCUAAGACUAUUUCAUUUAAUGGUCAACUUCCAGAUUGGAAGAGAGGCAUUGGAUGUUGUUGCUUGGAUUAUUCAGCCUGACGUGACAACUGGUGAAAUUCACAGAGUAGUUCACGAGGCAACUAAUGCUGCAGGAUUUAUGUUCCAUGGUAAACCCCUAUAUGUUGCUCUUGCUCAGAAGAAAGAGGCCAGACAGGCACAAUUGCAGCUCCACUGCUCACAGCAAUUUGUAGGACUAGCUAGGCCAUCGACUGCCAUUGUCCCUGGGGGAUAUACUCCUUUCUACUACACAACUACUGGUGUUAUUUCACAUUCUCCUCCUCGGGUUGGGAUAAUGUAUCAACCUAUGUCAUUGAAGCCAAUAUUGAGGCAAUAG